AUGCUGGCCUUCCUCUCGCUUCUCGGUUAUCGCAAUAUUUUGACGCCCAUGUCGGCCGAGGUGGCUAUGCUCUUUGCCAAGUCUAGUGCCGUCUUUAAUCCACUAGUCUACUCCUUCAUGAAUCCAAAGUUUCGUGUCUGUUUGUUCAAAAAGCUGCCUUUCCUGACUAAGUGCCUUCGACUGCUGCAGAGGGUAGGUUGUGGCUUCCUAAUCUCUACAUGUCAGGUUUACUUUUCUGAUUUUUUGUCUGUGCAUGCGCAUACAACAUCACUUUUUCCUUCUCCCUUGUCUCCCCUUCUGUCGCCUACAACAAACUUUAUUCAAUUUCACUGCUUUCAGCCUCCAUUAGGGACCACAGUACAGUCUCCUGCUUUGGCUUCCCCUGUUCCUAUAUCCCCUCUUCAUUUAACCUCUCGAAGCAAUGGUGAGUCUUCUAGAUCUUCUUCAACGUACAGUUACUUAACAGUACAUAAUAUAACUCUUGUAUGCCCUAAAAUGCUGUGCAAAACUCUUUUUCUUUUAUCUCAAACUGAGCGGUUGACCGUCCAUCUUUCUGUGCUGGACAUAGGCUGUAGAGAGGCGGUGGAGUAAGAACGCCGGUCUGACGAGUAAUAUUUGCUUCCAAUGUUCCUGUGGCUGUCAAAGUCAGUCCCAUAAAAAUGAGCGGUUAGGUAGGCCUUCUGAAGAAGAAUGCAUUACAUAAAGACCGUGUUGUUUGGAACGUUCACGGGAAAUCGCACUGCCUGCAUGAGAUUCUCUUGUCCGCAUGGAGCCGUUCUUUGUGGUUUGAGUGUCGUUACUUUCAAUAUUGCUAUUGGGCGCCGCUGUAGUGAUUUCUGCUAACUCAUCAGUCCGCGACAGGGCAAUGGAAAGGCCUCCUAGGUGCCAAACUGGACAUGUUACCCUAAACUUCAUUGCAAGUACCCUCUCAUCCAAUUAAUUUCGUUCGCCUCACGUGUUGUUCCUAACUAAUCUGAUGCCCGUAAACGCAUUUUCACAGUGCCAGCUCUUCUUGGCUCUAAUGGCCUUAAAUAAGAGUAAAAUACCUUAUGUCCCUUGUCGGAUUACAAUGUGUAAGGACGAAUUCAGUUUAGGCAGGGUAAUUUCGAAAAUUAUUCUGCUCUCAGUUGUGCAAUUUUUGUAUGCCCACAGCUGUAUUAAUGAGGCCGAACCGGUCUCAUGAACUGUCUUUACUCAAUACACUGUAUAUUCUCCACUUCUGUCUAAUUGUUUCGACGUGCAAACCUUUUAUCUAUUAUGACCAAACAACGUAUCAAACUGGUCGUUUAACACGUGGAUGUGCGAUUUUCUGCUCUACCAAUCAUGAUCGCUGUCGAUGGACGCCCAUGCUUUAGGGUCUUCCACAUAACAGAGUACCGACAGGUGGAAGUAAUUCAGCUUUCUUCCAUUCUUGUAUAGAUUUGAGUAGGAGACACGUUUGGUGUUUUGGCCAAAGAAAUGACUUUAACCUGACUUGUUCAUCUGUAUCGCAUAGAAUGCCGCCUAAAAGAAUGUCAUAGAACUAAUGCUCUACUUCAUUUGGGAUCUUUCCAAGUUUCUUAUAAAACCAUAACCUUUGAAGAAAGCAUUGGAAAUGUUGCCAUACCUACUGACCUAGCCUCCAAAGCAGCCCCAUGUAACUAAAACAAUACCUAUUUAACACGGUCGUAUGCUUUGAAUUUUCAAAACGCAGUCUUAAUUUAUCAUUAUGGAGGUCUUUAUGUUUGGAAUUGGAAAACAGAUGACAUGUUAGAGUGACCCCGUCGCCAUUUCUGAACCUCCUUUUUAGAAAAAGAUGGUGCCAUGUCCAAUAUAAACCCGAGUAUACAGGCUGGGUGUGGCAUGACUUCAGUGCAGACAAGAAUUUGAAGAUCUACUUGCGUCAACACUUUGAACUAACGCGCAACAUUAUCCCUUUAAGAAAUGGUUGAACUUGGCGACAUUGAGUAAUCCUGUUUUAAAGCGCGACAUAUCCAGACUUACUGUUGUUAGUAUAAUCAGGAUUAGGUAUCACGAACGAUUUUGGACAUCGCAAUUUUAAUGAGUUAUUGAGUUUAUGCUCAAUAAUUAUGAACAUUGCAUCAAAAAUCCAGUAGUAUGUCUAAGUACGACAAAAAUCAGUGUUUGUAUUCAAUUUCCGUUGGAGUCCGUUCCAUUUAGGGAUUACAUUCUCGGACUCUAAAUAGGAAUUGAGCUUGGUACAAUUGAAUUUUAAAUAAAAAAUUAAAGAGAAAGCAGAAGACCCUGUCAAGGCUUGUAGAAAUCGAAAAUUUUAUCAUCCAAAUUGCUCUUACAGGUUCCUAACAAAUGAUUCGAUUAAACAUUUUACGCGGACGAUCAGAUUGAGUUCUACUGGGGUUAUCUGUCAGCUCUGUAAGAAUUUUUAUGUCUCAGUUUCCAUUUCAGCUUAACCUGUCCUAACGCUUCAAUUUAUAAUUUUAACCUAAAAGCCAUGGAAACUUCCUAA